AUUACCUCAGCUUGUGUAUUAAAUUAACUUCGUGUCCCUCACUUUUGAAUUUAAUAGGACAAUUUCAGGAUCCAUGGAUAAGGCAAAAACAUUAUUUUGUCUAUAAAUUGAUGCAUGCAAGAAAUGAACUAAUGCAAUACAAAGCUGAGCUCAUAAUCAAAAAAUAUAUAUUGUAGCUGGUUCUUUCUGUUGAAACAAUGGCUAAUGUUAAGCUCGCUCCUUUUGCUGUCUUCUUGCUUGCUGCAUUCUUAAUGUUCCCGAUGAAGAAAAUAGAAGGAGAAUCAUGUGAAUCUAGGGGUUGCAUUUUUUAUAUUAAUGAUUCUUGUCCCAGUGGCUGUGUUUGCGAUCCCAUCGAUCCUGUUACUUGGGCUGGCGUGUGCGUCUCAUAUUCUUCUAUUAAAAAGAAGGUUGAAGAACAUCCUAACUACUGCGAAACUCAUACUGAAUGCACAAAGAAGGGUAGUGGGAAUUUUUGUGCUCGUUUUGCUAAUUCUGAUAUCAAAUAUGGCUGGUGUUUUGCCUCUAUCUCUGAAGCAGAAAACGCAUUCAAGAUAGCCUCUACCUCUGAAUUCAAGAAUGACUUAUAGAAGAUGUCCGUUGCUGCUUAAUAUCGAUAUGUCAAAAAAAGCCUACCAUGGUAGAUAGUAUGCAUCUACGUACUUUAAAUUAGUAGUCUUUGUUUCCGACUAAAUAAUUGGGUUUCUUAAUAUCCAUACAAAUUUCAAUAAUGAUGUGUAUAUGCAUGGUUUGCUUUUCAUCAGCAUGUCUUAUGCUUUUGUUAGGCCUGUUGUUUAAUUAAUAUAUGUUUUUGGGGAUUAUGAACAUUAUCAAUUGUGGGGUUUGUUGGAAUAAAGCAUAGCUUUGUUACUCUGUAUGCCUAUGGAAGAUCAUGAAAGUUAGGAUUAGUUUAAUUUAUUACUCCCUCUGUCUCACAUCUGCUGUUAAUUAAGGUAAAAUACACAAUCUUAAGAAAAUAAUUUACUCUCA